ACCGUUUCAGUCUUCAGCUUUCAUUUCCGGGUUGGAGGCGAAGCAGUUAAAGUUUCCUCUAAUGUUGUCGUAUCAAGUGAUUUGGAAUCUUUAACAUCAUCUGCUAUUUUGCGAUCGCCGUACUGAUAAUGGAUUCCAACGGCUCGCAUCAGAAUCUAGGACUCCACUACGAGGGCGUAUUGGAAAAGGCUGGAAAGAGAUUUUUUGAGGGUUUCAGGAAGCGUUGGUUCAUACUGGAAGGAAAGGAUCUGUCUUAUUACAAAGCACCAGAAACUACUGAACAGAAUCUUCUUGGCAUCAUUGAUAUGACAAGGGUUAAAAGUGUUGUCCCAUUCAAGAUGAUAAACAACAGUUUCCAGAUUAAUACGAGUACUCGAACCUACACAUUCACUGCUCCAUCUUCUCAGUCGCUGACUGAAUGGAUAAGUGUGCUUCGUCAAGCAAUGCAACUGGAAAGUUUCUCCAAUAAAAGGGCAAGAAGCAGCAUUCGAGAAUCUGUAUCAGAGGAUGGGUACGAAGUAGUAGUAUCGAGAUCAAGCAGGAGUGACAGCAAAGCAUCAAGCACCAGCCAACGAAGUUUCGAGGAUAAUGAUGUAUAUGGCGAUGAAAAUGUAUACGACAAAAUUGAAUCGUCCGGUAGUCAAAGUAAAGCAGACAACAAGCUAGAGGAUGAGGCUGCAGGAAGCUACGAGUCCGUUGGGUCUUUCAAAAGAAAAAAUCUCCAAAACAAAAACAACAAACCCGAAGUUUCUGGUUACGGAAUGGUUGCACGACAAGGUUCUCUACCUCGAAAUGACCAAGGGUCGGGUGUGUCUGAAAUCGGGGCGUAUGAUGUUAUUGGAGGAACUUAUGAGGCGGAAGUCCAAAAUGAAGGCAAUCUGUAUUCACAGGUUAAGAAGCCGAUUGCCUCUCCACCAUUUGAGGUUACGGACUCGUUGUACGCAGAAGUAGAGAAUGCUGGCAGUAUUGCGAAUAGUGUGAGCACCGGGAAGUCUUCAAAGCCCAAUAUUACAGUUUCUAACCCGAUGCCCGUGUUGGUAGAGAGCGAUGAUGAUGAGGAAGAUGAAGACGAGAGUGACGCUCGUGAUACUCUUGAAGUCAAAAAUAAUGGGCUGUCAAAAGAUCCCCUCCCUCCCCCCGUCGGCAGUAUCUACGCUGCUGAUGAGAUUAAAAGCCUACUGCAGGAGAUUGAUGGGGAUGUCGACGAGAAGUCACAAGAGAUCAAGCAAAUUAGUUAUAAAGAUGACUUACUCAUCCCUGAAUCUUGCGAAAACGCUUUCAGUGAACUGAAGAAAUUUUUGGUUUACUUAGAGGCGACAGAGCGCUAAUUUUUCGUCUAAAGAAGUACAGAACAGCGAGGGACACAUUAAGAAGCAGUUUUAUUCCUUUAAUUCGAGAGGUUUUCAGCCGUGAACAAAGUUUAUAGUAUAACUGAUUUCUGAUGUGUCCUCCUGGAAACCUUAAUUAAUUGUGCUUUUUAAAAUAUUUGACUAAACCGUUGUUUUGGUAGGUAGGCAUUACUCGCCUACAUACUCAUAAACAUGAUUCUUACUGCUGGUUUACCUUCUUCCUGGAAUUGAUGGUUUUCACGGCGGCCAUGUUGGAGGAACUUAACAAAAGAAUUGUCAAUGAAUUCUUUUGUUACGUCCUCCAACAUGGCCGCCGUGUCUUUUGUUGUUCAAUUCUCUUAGGAAUGGUUGAAAACCAUCAAUUGCAGUGACCAAGAAUGCAGUAGAGUGAUUUAUAGUAUUUUUAGUGUGUGCGCAGCCCCACUGUAUUUAGAAGGGGAUGGGCUUAAUUGACAAUACGGUUGUAAUAGGAAAUCCUGUAGGAAACUGUAAUACGCCGCGACACUAUAUUAAAAAGUCAAUAUAAAAUUUUCAAGGUUAAAUGAA